CCCGCCCACCAACGCCCACUCCCCACCCCCCUCACCCCAGGCCGAGCCUCCAGCGACAGCGGCGAUCGCGGGAGACCCCGGGGCGACCCCCGGCAGCACAGCGAGCGCGGUGGUGGCUGCGGUGUCGGGCCAGGAGAAAGUGCGAGGAGAGAGGAGCAGGAGGAGGGAGCGAGCGAGCUUGGAAAUCCAUCGGCCGAGGCGACCAUGAUGCCGACGAUGGUGAGCGUGUUCCUGAGUGCAAGUGACCAGCAGGCGAGCGAGGUGCCCAUCACGGGUGACAUGACCUGCAAGGACGUGGUGGAAGCAUGCCGUCCCCUAGGGGACACCGCGUGCCAUCUUGUGGAAGCGUGGCACGGCCACGAGAGCGUGGUCCCCGACAACGAGCGCAUGCUGGAGGUGCUGCAGCGCUGGGGGAGCAAGCAGCACGAGGUCCGCUUCUUCCUGCAGCGCGCCGCCGACACCACCACCACCGGCCCAGGUGGCUCACGAUCCCAAAAUGGUACGGCAAGGCGCAAUGGCAUGAGCAAUGUCGCAAACGAUCGGCGGCAAGAGAAUGGGGCCGGGAGUCCCGGCGUGGAGCUCACGCUGGAGGAGCUGCAGGAGAUGGCAACGAGGCAGCAGCAGCAGAUCGAGGCUCAGCAGCAGCUGUUGGUCGCCAAGGAGCAGAGGCUGCUCUACCUGAAGCAACAAGAAGCGAGACAGAAGCAGCAGCAGCAGCAGCACUCGGCGGGGGGCACGGGCAUUGACGGCGAGAAGCUGCGAGCCCUGCGGGAGAAGAUCGAGAGCCAGGAAGCCAAACUCCGCAAGAUCCGAGCGGCAAAGGGCCAGGCGGACAACGCGCGUCACACCAACAAGAACCUCGCGGCGGAGAUGGAGCAAGUGAACGCGCUGUUCUUAGAGAAGCAGCAGGAGCUGGCCGUGGCGAGCCACAAGGUGGAGAAGCUGACGCGUCAGCUCGACGAACUGCGCGCUUCCUCCGGCACGGCGGCGGGGAACCCCCAGGCCGGCUGCACGGCUGGAGGGUUCCAGGGAGCGGUCGCGGUGGCCCAGGCCGGCCACGUGCCCUCGCCGGCCGCCGUGGAGCUGGAGAGGCUGUCCAGAGAGCUGCAGAUGAGAAACAAACUGAACCAGGAGCAGAACUCGCGCCUGCAGCAGCAGAAGGACCUGCUCAACAAGCGCAACCAGGAGGUGGUCAUGAUGGACAGGCGCAUCAGCGAGCUGCGCGAGCGUCUGCGGUCGAAGAAAGCUGCGGCGCAGCAAAAGGAAAACAUUCCCGUGAACGUCGGAGACACGAUUCAGCCGAGACACGCGAGCGCCGCCGGUGGCAGGGUGGCGGCCGUGGGCCCCAUCGUGCAGUCGCAGGCGGCCGCGGCCGCAGCGCAGCACCGGGGCCCCGCCGUGCCCGCAAAACCCAACGGCGCCGUGAAGAGCACGGCCCCGCACGGUGGUGGCGGCACCCUCGCGGACGGGCCGGUCAAGCCGAGCUCCUUGCUCGUUGAGACGAGCUCCCCUCUGAGACACGCUGCUGCUGCUGCUCCAGAGGUCAGCUCGCCCCUGGGUAUAGCCAUGGCCCAGGCAAUCAAUGGUAAUACAGCAGCCUCUGAAAAGAAAGAUGUUACUGAGCAGCCGACCGUCAACGGAAGAACAAAUCCCAUCUCGCCCGAUUCCGACAAUCCCAAGAUGCCUUCCUGUCAGUACUCCGGCAAACAGACGCUGGACAGCCCUUGCGCGACCGCGGGCCCUGGCAGCGACGGGAUGGACGCAGACAGGAGGGGGGGGGACGGAGCUCGCCCCGGCCUGCGGGAGAGCACCGGGGCCGCCGGCGCUGCCGUGGGCAGGCAGCGGUCAACGGUGGGGACUCAGGCCAAGGGUGGUGCGCCCCCGCCCCCACCGCAGCGCACCUCGCACCACAUCCAGCAGCGGAUCUCAGUGCCGCCCACGGUCGACGAGCUGCCCAUGUCGCCCCUGUCGCCCCUGUCGCCGCUGUCCGUGCACUCGAACCCGUCGUCCCCCGUCGGGACGGACUCGCUGCUCUUCCACCACCACUGCCCGCAGUCCGCGGCCGUCAGGCCCUUCGUGUCGAUGUCUGGCCAAGGGCAGUCCCACAAGCCCCAGUCCCCUCGCAAGGCUCCCACCUCGCAGACGGUCAGCUCCAUCUACUCCAUGUACACCCAGCAGGCGGCGCCGCCACCUCGCAACUUCCAGCAGGCGGUGCUCGACGCGCUCAGCCUGCGGCGUGGGCCCGGCCCUCGGCCCUCCGGCACUACCGGGAACGGUUACAGCAGGCUUCCCCCGUCGAACUCCGGCAGCUCCUACGGUUGCCCUCAAGGCACGGAGAGGUCAGACGGAGAGGCGACGGCCGCCUUGGCAGGGGUCUCCCCGGCAGCGCGGCCGCUCAGCCCCACCAAGCUGCUGCCCUUCAACGCCCUGCCCACGUCGGCGCGCUACCAGAGCGAGGCCGACCUGGAAGCGCUGCGGCGGAAGCUGGCCAACGCGCCGCGGCCGCUUAAGAAGCGCAGCUCCAUCACCGACUGCGACGACGGUCCCGCCGGCAGCGGCGGCCCCGGCGCCGUCCAGAAAAUCCUCUACCAGCGCUACAACCCGCUGGCGACCACCGAUGUGACGGCGUCCGCGCCGCCUGCCCACGGCUCGGCGGCCGGCGCCGGUGCCGGCGUCGCCGCCGCGCCCUUCUACAAGCCCAAGUGGCCCCCGGCGUAUGCGCCCAAUGGCUCGCACGGGCCGGCCCACGCCGCGGGGACGGGCCACGGGGGAGAUGCGCGCUCGCCGGGCCACUUUGGGGACGAGGCUGCGAACGGAAACGUCGAGAGGGCUGGUGCCAAGGCGGACUCGAACUCGGCGCUGGCCAGAGAAGAGGCCGCCCUGCCUUCGCCAAAUUCCGUCGCCGAAGACGACCAGAACAACAACGUGAUGGUGUCGGCGAUGCACCAAGUGGGGGGACUGUUCGUAGGGAACGUGGCGGACGACGAUUUUCCCAUGUCGCCGCCACCACCGUACCCUUCCUUGGCGGAGCACGAGAGGGUGCCCACCAUCAUUAGCUCCACAGCUCCUCUGCCACCGGGCAAGCGCACGAACCUGAAGAAGAACGGCUCGGAGCGGAUAGGCCAUGGCAUGCGCGUCAAGUUUGACCCGCUGGCCAUCCUGCUGGACGCGGCGCUGGAGGGAGACUACGAGCUGGUGCAGCGCGUCCUGUGCGAGGUGCGCGACGCAAGCCAGCCCAACGACGAGGGCAUCACGGCGCUGCACAACGCCGUGUGCGCCGGCCACAUGGAGAUCGUGCGCCUGCUCGUGCACACCGGGGUGAACGUGAACGCCGCCGACAGCGACGGGUGGACGCCGCUGCACUGCGCGGCGUCGUGCAACAACGUGCACCUGUGCAAGUUCCUGGUGGAGUCCGGGGCGGCCGUGUUCGCCGUCACCAUCAGCGACAGCGAGACGGCGGCGGACAAGUGCGAGGAGAUGGAGGAGGGAUACCAGCAGUGCUCGCAGUUCCUCUACGGCGUGCAGGAGAAGCUGGGCCUCAUGAACAAGUGCGUGGUGUUUGCGCUGUGGGACUACGAGGCGACGCGGGACGACGAGCUGGCGGUGCGCGAAGGCGACUCGCUGAGCGUGCUGCGCCGGAGCUGCGGCGGCGGCGGCGCUAACGACGACGCCGACAACGACAACGGCGGCCGUGGCGGCGGCGAGGCGGAGGACGGUGGCGGCGCGGAGACGGAGUGGUGGUGGGCGCGCCUCGGGGAGCGCGAGGGCUUCGUCCCGCGCAACCUGCUCGGGUUGUAUCCUCGGAUCAAACCGAAGAGCAGGAGUUUGGCGUGACGGCUCCGGGCCCGGCUGCGCGCUGUUGUGACGCCUGCCCCUGCGGUUUGGUUAUUUUGCUGCGUCACUCUGCAUAGCCAGCCUCAUUCUCCUGCAACAGCAGCAGCAGCAGCAAGUGAAAUAUUCUCGAGUGUGCUUUGUGUCUUUCUAGCAGUGCGCACCUCAUCAAAGUGGAGCGUAUGCUUGUUUAACAACAGUUGCUUGGGCGUUUUUUCACAAACAUUGUGGACGUCGUUGGCCUGAGUAUGCGUCCCUAAAGCAUGGGUUCACAGCUGCAUCCCAAACACAUUUUGUGUAAGUGAUAGCCUACUGUGGAAAACCCCGUGGGUGUUUGCUCGCAGGACUCUGCUCUGAGUGCAGGUGACGCCAGCGCACAGGCCGAGCUGCUCAGUCACAACCGUGGUGGGGUACUCCUCUCCAGUGGCAGCAGCCAGGGGCUUGUGGGGGAAAUUCCACAUCCCUGUGAUGGAGGGGCCAGCUUUCCAUAGGACAAGCUCUGUUACAAAGUGGUACUAUCUUAUCGACCGCGGAGGGGAUGAUAGGCUGAUGACCUUAAACAAGAAUUUGUUGAAUUAACACCUUUCAAAUGAUAAGGAUGGGAGGCACGGCUGGUGGUACUGAUCGCGCCAGUGCGGGAACUACCUAGACCUUGUCACUUUGAACGUGCAUGCACGUUUUGUUGAAGGAGACAAUACAGUCACCGAAAGCGUGAAGAAACAACAGUUUAUGUUCAGUCCUUUGGAUAUAGGUCUUCCCACGCCAAGUCAGGUGUAGGGAUUAUUUAACCAUACUUCACCACAGUGGUCAGUGUAGGUUGCUAACGAUGUAUUCUGAUGUUUGGAGGGGUUGCCUUGGGCACGUGACGUUUGUUGUUACUCAAGAGCAUGCUCCUCUUUAUUGCGGUUCGUCUGCCUGUAGAUAUGUCUGGGUGAAUCCUUUCCUCGUUACUUUUAUACUGUAGCUGUCAAAUAGUUUACCUUGCUUUCUGUGGCGAUACACAUUGUCGUGUAGAUGUAAAUUAUAGUCAAAAGGUGAUGUGUUGAGUUUUUGGUUUUGUAGAAUUUUUCCGUUGACAAAAUAUGAAUGUUUGAUGAAAAAACACGACCAUAGAUAUCCUGCAAGUCACAUGUGCUGUAAUGUACGCUGCGGGUUACAAGAGGGGCACGUGGGGAAGGAGUGGAGCUUGACGUGAGGGCUCAGCAAGGGUCACGCUGCCGCACCACGCACGCCGGGAGAUGCCAUCGAGGAGAAACGGCGCGGAAGGUUGACGCGUGUCGUGGCGUUCAUUUGCGACGAUGCUGCGGUUCACGCGUCCUGCUCGGCCAGGCCGCCAUCGCUGAGUGCGGGGCUUGGUAGAGUUCAACAGCCUACCGCGCAGCCAAAACCCAGCCCCCAGUGACUACGUUCUCUACUGCUUUACUGUUCAGAAUCACGGAGAGACGCAUGAUUGGUCAUAGAUGUUUAAAUGAUCGAGAAGGCUAAGUGUCUGUCCGACUGGAUUCCUCAUUAUCAUCCGCCAUCAAGCCAACACCGCCACCCCUCGGGGUCCUGCGUUGCCAUGGUUCCCGUAGCACCGGCACGCGGACCGAGUUCGAAGAAGGGGACUGGUCUCUUGCUGGGACUUCCUCAUCCGUUUCAGAGUGGAGAGGUUGAGUAGAGUUGAGUUGGGGAUUCUAUUGCAACACGGUGAAGAGGUCUUGUCUCCAGCUCAUCUCCUCCUCACUCGGGUGGAGCGCUGUCCCAAGUGCUCCUUGUGCCUCUAAUCACGUACCACUGCAGCUCGGCGCAUUGCGUCGCCGCUACGUAGAAUAUACUUGUGCCUAGAGGGUUGGAUAGAAGACACUGUAUUCCUAGAUCUGCGUGCUUUCACUUGUACAUAUAGUAAACCAAACCUUGCAACGAGCAUUGUCCUCGGUGACCCCUGCGUAGCGUGAGAGAUGGGUGAAGCAUCAGAGGUGUGGCAGUCGGCAAGGGUUGUGGUUGGUUUGUUUCAUAAAUGUAACGCGUUGUGAUGGCUUGCAGUAACAAAUAUAAUCAAGUUAUGGUACUGCAGAUGUUACAGGCCAGUUUCAAUAGAAAUGGGCGGAUGAGACAAAGUGCACACUGUGCGUGUAUGGAAUAUUAAAGUGUGCAUGCCCCAGAGUCAUUUAGUCUUCAUGGUGUAGCAGCAGCAGUGCUGAGCCUUGCCUCUUCGGGCCACCUUUUCAAUAUCCACCCCUCGUGCACAUCACUGCGACUUGCCCCUGGCUGUCGAGUUUCAUGUUUCAGUUUAUUGAAAGUCUCUGGCCGGCUUUAAGACAAACUGUUCAUGGCUCGGAGGCCUCCCUUGCACUCCAAACCUUGAUAUUACAUUUAACUACAAAUAGAACUGUAUUUGUAGAGUUUUAUUAACUUGUGCAGCAGCAGCUCUUGCUGUGUACUUUGACCCAACGUGAUUUUUCAAUAUUUGAGACUUAGCAGGUUCGACAGCAUGAUUUGAAGUGACGAAUAACUAUCCUCUUUGUUGAAGAUUUAGCGAAGCAAGUCUUCUGUGGAUUGUUUCCAAUUUUAUAAAAUCGGACAUUCGCGUCUCCGUUCUCUGUCAGGAGCAAGCAGAGCUCUCGCCAUGACAAGUCUGGCGUGAGGCACUGGGAUUGGCAGGUCAGUUUGUCCCAACUCGGGCGCAGACUCUAGAAGCUCUCCAGCCCAACGUAAAGUUUCUCUGUCAGGCAAUUACUGCGGAAAUCGCCGAAAUAAUCUAAUUUCUUCACCUACAUUACACAGUUGAACAAGCAUCGUAAGAA